UUCCGUUUUUCAUCACUAUCUUAUACUUUUACCUGUAAGACAACUACGUAAAUAAUAACCUUUAACAAAACGCAUCAGGUCGCAUAAGCAGUGAAGACUACAAAUGGGUCAACACGUUUCGCUUUUAUUCCUGUAUACAUCACUACCGUCCGCGAACUUUUGUGUCGUAAAAAUGCAACAUGGCGACUGCAAUGACAGGACGUGGCAUGGCGUUUGUUAGGAAUCUAUCUGGGGUGUUGAGCUCGAGGUUGCAGGUUUUGGGUGGCGGUCCGCAGCAGCUCUCAUGUCUCCACACCAGCACUUCACUGGACUCAAAGGACUGGGAGAGGAGGAACCGGAAGGUGUUUCCACCCCAGCUACCGGAGGAAAUCCGCAGACCAGCAGAGAUCCAUCACAGCAGGAGGCAGAUCAAGUACAGCAAAGACAAGAUGUGGUACCUGGCUAAAAUGAUCCGAGGGAUGAGCAUUGACGAAGCCAUCGCACAGCUGGCGUUCAAUGACAAGAAAGGGGCGAAGAUCAUGAAAGAGGUUCUAGAGGAGGCUCAGGAGAUGGCGGUCAAAAAUCACAACGUAGAGUACAGAUCCAACCUGUAUGUAGCCGAGUCCUACUCCGGCAAAGGGAAGUACCUAAAGCGCAUCCGUUACCACGGCCGCGGGAUGUUUGGCAUCAUGGACAAAGUCUACUGCCACUACUUUGUCAAGCUAGUGGAGGGCUCGCCGCCCAAAACGGAGGAGAAGACGAGCUUCGACCAGGCCAAGGACUACGUCCAGAACCUGAAGAACCGAACCAUCAUCCACAGUCUGUAGAGUGUGUGUGUGUGUGUGUGUAGUGUGUGUGCGUGUACGUGUGUGUAUAUGUACACGUUUGUAAAUAAAUGACUGGAUAAUGAGACCGUUUUAUAGCUUUUUUCAUCGUUUUUUAUUUUUUUAUUUUCAUUGACUUGUACUGUAUAUUAUUUUUAAAUAAUAUUGGCUGCGGCCAGUGAUGAAGUUUUAAAUAAAGAGAUCAUGAAGUCCAACAGUGUUUAAGAAAGGGCCGUUAAUGUCAUGUUCUACAGUAAAAUCAAGUUGUCUGUCAAAGACAUUACAUAGAAUGAGUUUAAGUUAAAGCUAACCCUCCCUGGGAUGCAUUAAACACAAUCUUGUACAGUCU